UCCUCUCCCGACGCACACGCGCAACCAUAUGGUAAUUCCGUCAUUCCGGCACAUCAGCGUAAGACCAAGGUAGUUCAAGACAGAGAGAAGACUUUCUGAGAGAACGUUUACCUCGAUAUUGCGUAUGUCUUUGAAGCAAGGAAAAUAAGUGUGCAUGUUACAGUACUGUCUGCAUUUCUGUAGUCAAUUGACCUGAGAAGCUCCAAACUUGAAGAAAAUUGUUAUCUACUGGGUAAAGCAGGCUCAUGGCUUUAUCAGCGAAUGAGGGGAUCCUUGCUCAGCCCAUUUCACUUCUCCAGCUAGGAGCUGAACUCCAAAUUAAACGCGUGUCACCACAAAAGUCGAUGGCCUUGGACUAUAAUAUUUUUUUCAGCGCAUAAAUCCUACAAGUGCGCCGAUAGGUCUUGGUUCUCACCACAGCCUUAUAAUGAAUCUAGUUUUUUGGGAUACGAUUUUUCUCCUUACAGGGUCAUUUUUUAGCUAUGGACAAGUCCCAGAAAAUUCUACUUCAGCCUCAACCACACAAUCUACACCGACCACGCCAACCACACCUACGGCAAGUCCAGCCACCAGUACUGUGUCCAGUCCUACCACGAGCUCCACCACUACAACCCAUCACCCAGUGAGAAAGUUUGUAGCGGCGGCGGUCCACUCCCACUUUGAUGACUGUCCUGACUCCCAUAGUCAGUUCUGUUUCCAUGGCACCUGCCGCUUUCUGAUUCUGGAGGAGACUGCGGCGUGUAUAUGCCACCCAGGUUUUGUUGGGAUGCGCUGUGAGCAUGCUGACCUGCUGGCGGUUGUCGCCACCAACCACGGCCAGCACACAGUGGCCACCAUGCUGGUGCUCUGUGUGGUGGGAUGCGUGAUGCUCAUGCUGCUCUUCACCCUCCUCAAUUGCUGGUGGAGGCGUGGAGGUUGUGAGAGAGGCCGACUCCUGCCCUGCUUCUCUGAGAAACCCAGCAGCAUACUGAAGGCCAGGACCUCCUGCUGCCACUCAGAGACCGUGGUUUGAAAGCUGGGUCUGCCGAGUGCCUCCAGUGUCCUUCCCAAGGCCAUGCUCCCCCUCUCAGACCUUCGCCUAUUACAUGGACAAAACUUGGAGUCAACCUCACAGGCAGACCGCUCCGAGUGAUGGAUUUAGAGAAGGAUGCAGUCAUUUUCUCAAUGGAUUUGGACACCAAGCAGACCUGUUAUGUGGAUGGUAGAAGGACCUUGCGUCUCUCUUGAAUGUCAAAAUGUCCCUGGACUUAAUGGGAUUGCAGACUAGCAAGAGAACAAGGGUGUGAAACAAGACCGAAUGAAAAUAUUAACCACAAAGAUACAAGCUAAGUAUUUGAGUUCAGUGGAUGUCUGACAAAUGAUUUAGCAUACAUCUAUAAAACCCAGCCUGAACAGUUACCUAACCCAGGAUAUUUUAGGGUCUCAAGAAUUAAUAAUUAGGAAUGUGACUUUUAAUUGCACAUAUACUUGACCCCUAAGGACAUACAAAAACACUCCAGGUGUCCUCCAUUUUUGUCUUUUAAAUAUAUAUAUAUAUCACUUUUUUAAAAGCGGUCACAUGCUGGAAACAACAAGCACAACAGUAUUUUAGUCUUUAGUUUAUAUGGUGUUUGACACUGACAGAGGAACAAAACCUCUAUAUUAAAUACUUUUGUUUUUAGCAUCUAAUAAUGAGGGGUUUACACAUUUAUGUCACAUGUGGACAAAAAUGGGACAUUAAUUUGCAGCCUGAGUGUCUAUUAUCAUGAGCUGAGCCCCAAUGCACAGAAAAUGAGUAGAAGGAUAAUGACCACUUCAAAGAGAAAUCGUAUGCAUGUACUUCAAAAACUCCUUUUCACAUCAAACACAAUGAAGUUCCACUCUUUAAGUGUAUGGUGGUUGUGAAUGCUUUGGAGAGGAGAACUCUUGCUAAAACAGUUAUCCAUUAUAGUACCCUUUAUCGACAUGCUAGUUCAUAAUUAGUUUAACAUAUUUUUCCUAUCUUUGCACUUUAAGCACAUACAGCCUUCAGGACAUAUUUUACAUGGCUUAAAGACGUUCCAGUUAUUUUUCUGGCAUUUCUUGAAUUUAGUAAGCAAACAGCAUCUUUGUUUGAAUAAUAUUAAUUCCUAGGGACUUCUUCAAUGUUUGUAUGAAAUGAGUGUCCCCAUUUGUCUUCACUUGAUCACAUCGAGCACUUAUGGAUUUAAAUAUAUUAGAGGAUAAAAGCAACCGUAUAGCUAAACAGACAGGAUUUUCCACUUAGAAUCAACCAAGAUCACUCUAGCCAAUUAAGUCCUCACAGUUACACUUAAAUGCAUUAGGUCAGCUAUUAUGACAAGCUUUUGGUUUACAGCUGACCAAAUGCGCCCUGCCUCAACUAAAAACUACUUGAACUUAAAGUCCAUAACAAAGUUCUAUUUCAACUUUAAUGUGUUUCAUGUAUAGUUGAAAUGUUAUCCAUUAUCUCAUUCUAAUAAAUUAUCUUCAUCUAGUACGUAAGUUUGAGCACAUUUGACCAUAAUGCUGAUUUUAUUGUCAGAUGUUAUAGUUAUUAUAUUGGUGUACUUUUGUAAUCUAGUCCAGUCAUUUAUCUAGAUAAAAGCACCACUAACAAUUAGUUGAGUUGAUCAUGCAUAUACUAUGUGAAAAGUACUGGACUAGAGGUUGAUAAGCAGAUUGCAAUAUUUUCCCAAGAAAUUUAUUACACUUCCAAAUUUAACAUUUAAGAUCCCUUGUAAAGCUCAAAGUAUAUGCACUCAGUCCACCAACAUGAGAACCACACAAGUGCACACUAGCACCAUAGCACCAAAUGUUUUAAACAAAGCCGCCAUGCUAACUAAUACUCUUAAGGAAUGUUGUGGGCUCUGCAGAAGUCACACAGAGACCAGCCCUGUUUGUAAAGCACCUCGGUGUCAAUUCUGGAGCCUGGGGGAGGUGUAUAUAUAAGUGCUGAUGUGCAAAGGUUUUAUCUGCUUGGUAAUUAUAGCAUUCCUGCAUUUUGAAGGGAAUGCGUAAUGGAUGGAGAACAGUUUUGUGCUUCAGAGAAGUCUUUUUUUUUUUUUGCCUUUAGAACAGUAUAGUGGGUGGAGUAGGAAGGCAGCAGGGCAACAAAGAAGGGAGUUCCCCUCCAUCCUUAUAGACUCCUGUGGAUAGGAGAAGAGCUGAGAGCGUCAGAUGUCCUGUCAGGUGUUUGUUCACAAGAAUGUACUGAUUUUUUUUUGUCCAAAUAUCAGAAAAAAGAGAACAUUGAAAAAAUUGAAUCCUGUGAAAUACCUCAAAUGUCUGCAAACAUGGAUGAUGUGUCUAAACAUAUUUGUGGAUACAUUUUGUUUAUUGGUUUAUUUAUUUAAGGUGUUUGAUUGUUAUUUCAGAUUUGCUUGUUAUGUGACUCCAUGUAGAGUAGAGCUGAAGUACGACUAAGAUGAGUAUGUAAGAAGAUUACAUCUGAAAGGCUCUACACGUUCUCCAUGUUGGGGAUAGGGAAGAUUAUUGGUUUUCCCCUGAAGUUAAGACUCUGUAAAGAAUGAAGAUCAUUUAUGUAAUUUAAUGUAAUACCAUCAAACAAUUAUUUUGUGUCCAACCUGUGGAUGUUGCAUGGUAAAAGUAGUCUUCUAUAACUGAUAAAUGAUAAUGUAUUGACUUGAGAUGAUUGUUGCAUAAGUUGUGGCCUGUCAUUUAAUUUAGGCCACAAAGACCAUUAAUGUGUUUCAUCAAGGCUGAAGGUUUUUUUUUUGAACAACCCUUCAGUUUUGUCCCCUGUGGUCUACAUUUGACAUUUGUGUCAGUUUAAGCUCUCAAAAUGUACCUUGAUAAUCACUUCGGAGUUUAAAGACUGUAACUGCACUUGCAAACUGUUUCCUCUCUAUGUAUAAAAAUACCUUGGUUAGCUUGAAAGAUAUUAUGGCAUGUUGUUUACAAAGUAGGUGACAUCCAUGGUAAACCUAAUCUGUGUGCACAGCAGGUAUACCUUUGUAUAAUGCCUUUGAAUUAUAGCCAUUUUGAAAUGUGGAUAUAUUAACCUCUUUUUGACAAUAACCACCCCAAUGAAAAACAGUGGUAAUAUAUUCUUCAUAAGAGUAGGAAAUUUGCUUGUGUAAUGAUUAUCAAUGGGUAUGUCAAUUGCAUAUUGUCGUGUGUGUGACUUUUUUUUCAAUGAAGACUGAAAGCUGA